CUAAAAUUGCUUAUAUUUAAUAAGAUGUACAAAUUUACAUGGUUAUUACCUUAUUAAAUUUGUGAUCGUCUGUUAAAAACAUAUUUUAGAAGUUUUAUUUUAGUUGGACAAGAUUGUUCCACUUUUUAGUUCCCUUAAUAAACCACUUUUGUUAUUUUUCAAUGGCUGAUUAUAUGCUCAGGUCUGAAAUUCUAGAAAAUAUACAAAAGAAAAAAGAGCACGAAAAGGAGCCCCAGAGCCCUGGCUUCCAACCACAAUUAGUAAAGUCUACUGACAAACACGUUCCUGAAAAUGUUAGCUCUCCAGUGAAUCAACAUGUUCCAGCUCAACAGCUCCUGUCUCCAACACACGGUUCCCAGCCUAUCCAAGCAAAGGAUGACAAAGACAAGACAAUAAAAGUAGCUAAUUCAACUACUAUAACUUUAAUAGAUAACGGAAAUCUCAAUAGUGAGAAAGAUAAAGACAAUAACUUUCCCAAAAAUUAUUUUACUUUAGAGCCCAAGAAUGACAAGAAAGAUGACUGUAACAAGAAUAGUAUUACUAUAACUAGGACUUUACCAAAACAAUCGCCAGGUGGCGGGCAGCCGGAAAAAUCGAAAGUAGCGCCAAAACCUGCCAAGCGGCCGUUACAGUGCUUAGAAACUCUUGCAGAGAAAGCUGGGAUUACUUUCGAGGAUAAGUACGAAGCCGCAAGUACACUCUUGGCUUUGGAUAAACAGAAUAAUAGCUACAGGCGACCGCCUGAGUUGAAGCAGCCUAAAACUGAACCAGACAAUCAUAAUCAAGGAGAGGAGUACAGGUAUAGAAAUCAAAAAGAAGAGGAUGAUAAGUUGCAGAUCCAGCAGCAGAUAAUCCAACAACAACAACAACAACAGCAGCAACAGCAGCAGCAGCAGCAACAGCAACAGCAGCAGCAGCAACAACAACAACAACAGCAGCAGCAGCAGCAACAACAACAACAACAACUGCAGCAGUUUCAACUACAACAGUUUCAGCAACAACAACUGCAACAACAGGCCCUGCAACGUCAGCAUCAGCAGGUCUUUCAACAGCACAUCAAGUCUCAUCAAGAUCAACAAGAACUUUUGCAGAAACAGUUUCAGCAACUGCAGCAACAGCAACAACAACAACAACAGCUUCAACAGCAGCAGCACCAACAACAACAGCAGCAGCAACAAAAGACAGAGCUUCAAUCGGUGGCACAACAACCUGAAUUACAACAGCAGAAAUUAUUGCAGCCGGUGCACACGCAGCAGUUCAACGUACCAGGGAUAGGCGAAAUCAAUCUCAGCUUCUUGGCGUCUCCACAGAACAACGUCAACUUGCUUUUUGAAAAGAACCAGAAGGCCGGUAUGAGCGGAGAGAUCAAACAGCAACAAAUAGUAGACGGUCAAACCCAAGUAGUCCAGCAAAUGAGUAUGGCCCAGCACGAGCCCACACAGCAACACCACCAGACGGUCACCGUGGUGUCUUCCAUGCCCAGCAGCAUGGCGCAGCAUCAGGUUCAACAACAGCAGCCCACAGCGGGUAUCCAACAGCAAGCCGGAGCCGGCAUCUCUACAAUGCCGCCUCUGCAGAGUCUACCGCCCAAUGCACAGCAUCCGCAGCAAAUAAGUGCGGAGUGGGGUCACAGUCGCGUGCAAGUUAUACAACAGCCACUUCAGAACAGCACGUAUCUGCAGCAGCUGUACAACGCCCAGGGCCCUCUUCUGAUGCCCGGGAAUAUUGCGCUUCAUCCCGGGAUCAACUCGCAGCAAAUACAGGUUAUUGCUGCCGGCAAGCCGUUUCAAAGCAACCAACUGGCACCACACAUGUUGACCACGCAAGGGAAACAGGUGCUGCAGGGACAAGCUGCCCCGUUCCCGGGAUACACGACGAUUCCCGCCAUACCGACGACGCAGAACCAGACCUUCGUGUUCAGUCCACUCGGUGUGAUCAGCUCCCAGCCCAGCAUACUGCCGGCUCAUUCGCAACCGAUUGUGUCUGGCAUCAGUCAGCAACAGAAACCUUCCGAAAUGCACAAGGUGAUGAGCGGUGGCAAGGUUACUGGCGGUAAGGUCGGCAACAACAACGGCAACAACACGCAAUCGGUGCCGGUGCAGGCGCAGUGUGUUCAAGUGUCGCAGCCCGUGCUCAGCGCGCAGCAACCGGCGCAGGCGCAGAUCAUCAGCCCGCUACAGACUGGCGGUCAGACGAUGCAGUUCGCCCCGUGGCAGAUAUCCGGGGCUUUGCCCCAGGUGUGGGCCGGGGGGCUCCAAGCCGGGACGCUGCCUGCGGGGGGCCUCAUAGCCAACAACCCCAUCUUCAUACGGGGCACACAACCAGACGCACAACCCUCCAUGUUUAUACAGCAUUCGCCACAGAAUAACGUCCAGCAUACCAAUGCGAGCGUGGCGUGUGCUACAGCGACGGUGGCGAAGCCCCGGCCUUCAUCGGACGGCAUGGCGAAGGCUCCACGGCCGCUGUCGAACAUAUUGCCAUCGGGCAUCAGACCGGCGUCGUCGGUUUCCACACAGACCAGCGCUAAUCAAGCUCAGAAUCAGGCCAAACAUCGUGGCAAACCAGGCGUACGGUCCCCGGCCCCUGCGUCGAAGCAAGACGCCGCCAACCAAACAAACAAGAUGCAACAUCAGAUGCAGCAACCCAAACAACAGUUACUGGUGAUGAACGCGUCAGGCCAGAUGACUCAAAUCACGAGCGUCCCAGACAAGCAGCCCAUCAGCAAGGGCAUACAGCAGCAAGCCCUGCUGCAACAGCAAGCUAUGCAGCAACAACAACAGCAGCAACAACAACUGAUCCACCAACAACAGCAACAAACUCAGCAAAUGGUUCAACAUUAUCAACAGGGUAUGACACUGGGUAUGCAGCAAGGCACUCUGCCUGUGGGGUCCGUCGCGCAGACUUUGCCUAUGUCCGGAAUGCCGCAAACCAUAUCAAUGGUGCCACAGAUUCAUCCACUCGGAGGAAUGGGCCAGCCUGGCACUUUGGUUGGCCAGAUCAACACUUCACAACAACCUAACGCUUCGCUCACUCAAGUACAAACUCUGCAACAACCGCAGACAUUGGUAGGCAGUGGCCUUGUUCAAACCUCAGUCGGGAUGGCCGUGCAACAGCAACAGGGAUUGAAUCACACUACGCAGAUGCAAACGGUAUCGGCGAGCAACCUAAAUUCUCCGCAACUCACAUUGCAAGCGCCAGGCACCGUCGGCUUGAUAGCGGCGCCGGUGCAGGGAUCCGUGCUGCCGCUGCAGUCCUCCACGAUGCUCCAUGUAAAGAGCGAGGAGGACAAGAGCCAACAGAUGGCGCCACCGCAAGCACCGGUGGUCCAGCAAAUAGCUCCGCAGCCGAUGGCGAGUGUUGAGGCGAGCGUCGAACCCGCUACGUCUGUGGCAACCGUGUUCAGUUCCGCCGCGCCAGCCACUACGCUUACCUCCGUGACGAAUGCAGACGCCGCUAUAUCUACUAGUACUGCUGCCGUUGGUACGUCACCCUCCGCCGACUCCUCCAAGCCCAGUCAAACGAAGGUGGAACCCGCGCCCGCCACGGACAAUUCGUCCACUGCACCAUCGGUGCCCACUUCCACCGCGCCUGUGCCGAGCAGUGCUCAGCAAACCACGCCCGUGGCGCCACAGGUGGUGACCACAGUAGCUUCGUCAACUUCGUCAUCAGCGACGAUGACUGCGGCUAUCACAGCGCCUGUGUCUUCCGGGACGGCGUUGUUCAAGAGCUCUCAAUGCACACCUCGCCACAUCAGUCAGGCUAAUACAGACAAAGGUCUGCCCAAGGCCAUGGUGAAGCCCAACAUACUGACACACGUCAUCGAAGGAUACGUGAUCCAAGAAGCUGGGGAACCUUUUGCUGUAAAUCGGCCUUUGCGGGAGUGGGGCACCGACAAAGAGCAGGACAAGGAGAACAAACUGCCUUCUGCUGAUGAGCCACCACGCAAGAAGCAGAUGCUGGACAAUGUGGGCAGUCUGCCUCGGAUCAGUUCCACAAUGGACACGAGCGAGCCGAACCCGCCCAAAGAGCCCAUGGUUACAGAUUCCGCGGACACCGCCACGGAAGAACAGCAGCCGAAGAUACCCAAUGCCCACAAGUGGACGGUGGCCGAAGUAUGCGACUUUAUCCGCAACAUACCAGGGUGUGCUGGGUACGCUGACGAGUUCCUGAUGCAAGAAGUGGACGGCGAGGCGUUGUUGCUGAUCAAGCCUGAACACCUUGUUAUGGCGUUAUCCAUGAAAUUAGGGCCGGCCCUUAAGAUCGUCGCUUGUAUAGACUCACUGAGGCCAGAAAGCGAACAAACAGAUCACGACUGAGAUCUAUUUUAAGGCCUGCGUGAAGUUUGGCCGAGUCGGAUAAUGGAACCGUGUUCAUUAAUCAUGAGUAAGAGUGAAAACUAAUUUAUUAUUAUUGUAAAGUAAUUGUACUAAAGUAUAAGUAGUUUUAGCGUAGUUGCAUAGCGAUAUUUCGCAUACGAUUAAAUGUAAGUCUUAACGUAGUUGGUUAACGGUAUAAAGUUUUUUAAUAUAGAUAUACGUUUUAAAUUGUAACGAUUUUGAGCCACUUGUUUUGCGAUAAAACAGUAUUUUGCAUCAUUUAUUAGUUGUGGCUGGUUGUGGAAAUACUCGGGUUAUCAAAUUUGUGGCUCGGUUAUCUAAAUUUUGGUUAACAAUAAUUUUAUUACAAUGAUGUUUUGUUUAUUAAUGCUACUAACUUUUUAACUUAUUAGGGAUUGUUUUGAAACCUCGGAUGGUUUAUUUGUAUCUGACAUUAGUUAAAACACUUGUCAGAAAUAGUUAGGUUCGCAUUUCUGAGGUUUUUAUGGUUAUUGUAAAGUCGGCACUAAAGGAGAACGCAGACUUGACCGCGCGAUUGUGACGUGCAUGAGUGUGCCAGGCUGCAUACAACCUCAAAGAAAAUAAAUCAAAAAUGGCAUGCGGCACCUCUGUGUCCACCUUAUGUCAGAAGGAUCGUCGUUUAAAGCGCGGCUUUUUGGGUGGUAGCAGGCAGGUCCUGUAAUCUAUCUCCCGAAAUGGCUGCCCUCGACACCCUCUUUAGCGUGUCAUUAUAAAUUCGUCUAUGUCAGGGUGGGUUACGCAGCAACGCAAAUCAGGGUAAUAGCUAGUGUUCCGAAAGCGAUCACAUAACUAUUUCGACAAUGACCAGUAUUUCAAUAUAAAAGCAUUUUUAAACGCGUUCGUCCCCGCAGUGUUGAACGCGUGACGUGAAACGGGACAGCGAUAGUUUUUCGCGUGAUUUAAACGGCGUCGCGCGUGCCGCACUAAAAUUGGGGCUGGCAUUGAAAUAUGAGCGAUUUUAUUAAUUUGACAUUUUGACAUCGAACCGCACAAACCGAAGAAGGCGUGCAUUGGAUUAGACGCCUGAAAGCACUCCAGUUGAUGAGCGAUCUGACGGAAACUUUAACAGAACCGCACGAUUUCACCUUCAUUCUAAAAUACAAUUGGCUCUAUCCGCUGAUUAAAUUAAUAUAAGUUAGACGUCCUAUAAAUAGUAUGAACCCUGCGCUAGGCCCUUAACUUUAGGUCCUAGAUACGCAAUUGCGUACGCUCGCCUGCCCAGUGCACUUAGGACAAAUGUCGAAAGUUCCGCCUACCUAGUUUUAAGUAUCUACUUUAAGUCUUAUAUACUCUUUGACUUCUAGCCCAGGAAUAAAAAACUUCUACGAAACAUUUAAAUUUAAAAACGUUUGGACAAAAAUAUUAUUUUAUUUACAUAUAAAGAUAAGGAGUGCAAGGAUUAGUUAAUUAAUUAUUUAAAGAAGAACCGUUGUAGGUGCCUCCAGUGUAACGCCGAAAUUUAAAAAAAGUAUUACAACAACCUUAUUUCCGCGAACAGAGACACAAAAAAAAAGAUUGUUUCCUUUUCGAAUUGUUUACAAAAUACUAUAAACAAUCAAAAUCAAAAAGACAUUGUUUAAUAAAACACAAACUCUUAUUCUGAGCAUGACAAUACCUACAAUAUAUAAUGUGUAAAAAGCCACUUUUUGGCUUGAUAACCAUAAAAAUCAUCUCGUAGUUUUAAAUUUUGGUCUUUUGUAUUUAUUCUUGCGGUAGAAGUUUUAUUCACUUAACAUGACGCUAGUAACUAUACUAAUUAUUUAUGGUAUCCUGCGGCAGAAGCUUAACUCACUUCUCCUGACGCUACUAGCUCCACUAAUUCAUAGUUAUAUACAUAUUUGUGUCUGCUGCAAGCCGACUGUGUUCAAACUCGCUUUUGCCUGAAAACUGGUAUCUGUUGUUCAGACCAGAUAAGUAGUUUAGUGUAUUAACUAGUGUUUUAGUGCCAAAUGACAAACCUCCACCAAGUAAUGAUUUAUUUAGACGAUCGAUUCUAAAAUAAACGACAAAUAUAUUUCUGGUAUCUGAAAUAAGUGCUGAACGAAUAAUCUUUUAUUUGUGAUAAUAUAAAUACUGGUUAAGGACAGUGGGUAAGCAUAUUCGGGUUAGAAUCCUGCCUUCUAGGAUUUCGUUUGCACCUGCCCAAAUUAUAUAUCACAACGAUCAAACAUUAAUAGUUGUUACUGCAAGCAGCAGGUAAUCCUCUUUAUUAAUUCAAUUGUAGUUUAUUGAUUCACGUAGUUCGGACAUCUGAAAAUACUAUGUAAAUGUUGUGAAUGUACUUUUGCAACGAAAUAUAGCCUUAAUUUCUUUGGUACUCGUUUGUAAUAGUUUUAAAUUUUAAAUUAUAAAUAAAAUGCGUUGUUACUUACCAUAAAAUUGUGAAUUGUAAAUAUGAGCGAUUUUUUUCAUUUGUCGCGAUUAGAUUUUAAGAUGAUUAUUUUAGGUAUUUAAAUAACUGCCGAAUAGUCUAGGCUCUAAUGGUCGCCAUCGGCUUAUAUACCAAUUUAGAAAAAGAUUAAUCAUGGGCCGUGCUUUAUUGAGUAGUCUUUUCAUAUCUUUUACAUUUCUACCUAUUAUAACUAUCGAAAAUAAUGAUCAUUACAUCAAGUACAUCAUUGGUCAAAAUGUCGUCAAUAUUUACACAAAAUCUCGUUGGAGCUUGCACUAUUAGACAAUGGAGGUGCAAUGCAAUGUAUAAGCUUUUCUUAUAGAUAACAAGUGAAAAUGUAUAACGAGAGAAUUUAGUAAGUACAUCUUAAUGUACACCUUUUAUAGCAUUCAAGUAUUAAUCAAAUUAUAUCUAUGGUGCUAAUUAGAUUUCGUUUGUAGCAUUUUUACCAUCUGUUUGAUAUGUUUGAUGUGGCGUAUAAAAAUGUUAUAUUCGUAGGCAGUAUCAAAAAUCAGUAAAAUUUUAAGUAAUUAUAGUUUAUAAGCUGCUAGGGAAUUUUCUUAAUGUUACAACUAACACAUAAUUUUUGAUCGACAUUAAUAUUAGAUAAUUGAAGUUAAUGUAAGGCAUUUUGCAUGUGAACAUAUUGUACAUAAUGAAAUUGUUAAAAUAUUAAUCAGCUAUCAAAAACAGGUCAGUGAAACAUCAUGUCCGGGAAUUUAAACUAUUUUAAGUAUGUACACGCGUUUUGGAUAAAUUUUAAAAUUGCCUCCAUGUAGAUUUUAAAACUAACUAGACAAUUAGUAUUGGCCAUAUUGACUAAAAUGGUUUUGAAUUCCUGACAGAGUUAGAAAGCUAGAUCUUUAAAUCACAACUAUCCUCGCAUAGUUUCUUUCGAUCGUUUGAAUUGACUUUAUUAUAGGGAUAUAAUGUAAAAAUAUCUUUAGAAAUUCUAUGAAAAGGUCAACAGUUUGGGUCGUCAUCUAAUUAUGAGAUGCCUUCUCAAAUUUACCAUGGUUGUAAGUUAAAUAUUAGGAUAUAUACGUGUACAUUUGAAAAACAGCUCAGCUUAAGCACUGCCACGAAAUUAGCACAGACACAUGCGACCUGAAUCGAUCGACGAUCGUCGCCUUGUUGGAUAUGGUGUGACAUUUGUACAGAUAAUUACUUAUUAAACUUUCUGGUAUAUUAAGUGUUAAGUGAUAGAUAAUUGUCGGGUCGCCUGUUGCUGAAAUUGUAAAUUCGAUGUCCACAUACACAUUGCUCAAGUCGGUUCACGUUAAUUGUUCAUUACUGUUCAUGUCGAAUUAAUGAAAAUGUAGAAAAAUAAAGCAAAAAGACUGAUA